AUAUAUAUAUAUACAUUUAAAAGGAUUCUAGCACCAAAAUUGUUGUUUAAACUUAAACAUGAACAGUUGUCCUGCAUUAGCAGAAAGGGUUUAUUUUACUAGCCUAACAGAUUAGCAUGAUUAGCAUCAGCAGUACUCGUUAAAGCGCUAUGGGUUGCCAUAGUAACCGUAAACGCGAGCUCUGCUAGUCGGACAAGUAGGUUAGCAAAGGUUGUUUCCUGAGACUUUUAUUUAACUUCAAUUAAAGAUUUAAUUGAAAAAGAAGAAGAAGAAAAAAACUGAACAUGAUUCCUCCUGCUGAAUCUUUGCUGAAGUAUGACAACCCGGAGCUGGUGAGCAAAAACACCGAGAAGAAAUCCCCAAAGGCUCGGGCUGUGAAGGCGAGUCCCCAGCAGCCUGUCCUGUCUGGUCCAGUUCCACCUCCACCCAAACCCAAAAGCCCUUCAUCUGAUGCCAUUAAACAGCAAACAGAGGAGAUUCUGAAUGCCAUCCUCCCACCAAGGGAAUGGAUGGAGAAUAAUCAGCUGUGGGUACAGCAGGUGUCCAGCACACCAUGCACCAGGACAGACGUCAUUCAUCUACAAGAGGAACUGGAUCUCAAACUGCAGCAGAGACAGGCCAGAGAUACGGGCAUCUGCCCCGUCCGCAGAGAACUCUACACACAGUGCUUUGAUGAGCUAAUCAGACAAGUUACCAUCAACUGUGCUGAGAGAGGAGUGCUGCUUCUACGAGUGAGAGAUGAGAUUCGCAUGACCAUCGCUGCCUAUCAGACCCUGUAUGAGAGCAGCGUGGCUUUCGGCAUGAGGAAAGCUCUGCAAGCCGAGCAAGGGAAGUCAGACAUGGAGAAGAAGAUUGCAGACUUGGAGAAUGAGAAGAGGGAACUGGAAAGACAGGUGAACGAGCAGAAGGCUAAAUGUGAAGCAAUCGAGAGACGAGAAAAUGAACGUCGACAGGUCGAAGAGAAGAAGCACACGGAGGAGAUCCAGUUUCUCAAGCGCACCAACCAGCAACUGAAGGCCCAGUUGGAUGCAAUCAUUGCCCCAAAGAAAUAAAGAUGUCAUGCUUCAGUUUAUUUCAAAAUAAAACCUGACUUCAACUGAUUUCAUAUUUCAAUAUAACAUUGUUUUGUCAUGUCCACUUUAU